AUGAUGCAUGGACGACAAGCCACUCUUCCAUUCGACCAACAAAAGGAAAUAAUUUCGCUCACACAAGAUCCAGAGCAUGGUGAAAAAAUUAGAAUUUAUCUUGAAAAAUUAGUAAAUGAAGCUCGAAACAAUAUUAUAAAAAAUCAACAGCAAUACAAAACUCGAUAUGAUUUGAAUAGACAAAAUUUAUCAUUAAAAUUAAAUGAUUUAGUUUUAAUAAAAACAAGAAAUAUUAGAAAUAAAUUUGAUAUACGAUAUGAAGGUCCAUUUAAAAUUAUUAAACAAUUAGGAAUUAAAACAUUUAUUGUCCAACAUGUAAAAAAAUUAACAUUAACAAAACAAGUGACAAUGGAUGUCAUCGUUCCAUUAGUCGAACGAUGUAAUUUAAUUCAAUAA